AUGAAGCUUAAAAAUUGGCUUGCAAGUGUUUUGUUGCUCAUUACUGCUAUGCUAACCACUACAUUUGGUGCAUUUGUGGGGGUAAACAUUGGCACCGAUGUCUCUGAUAUGCCAUCUGCUUCUAAUAUUGUUUCUAUUCUUAAAGCCCAUCAGAUUACUCAUGUCCGUCUUUAUGAUGCAAAUGCGCACUUACUACAAGCCCUUUCAAACACCAGCAUUGACGUUAUUGUUGGUGUCACCAAUGAAGAGGUAUUGAGAAUCGGGGAAUCUCCUUCAGCAGCUGCUGCGUGGAUAAAUAAAAAUGUAGUUGCUUAUGUACCGUCCACCAAUAUCACGGCAAUAGCUGUUGGGAGCGAGGUUCUUUCCACAAUCCCAAAUGUUGUUCCUGUUCUUGUUCCUGCCUUGAAUUCUCUCCACAAAGCUCUGGUUGCGGCUAACCUUAACUUCCAAGUCAAGGUUUCGACUCCACAAUCUAUGGAUAUUAUCCCUAAGCCUUUUCCUCCUUCUACUGCCAGCUUUAACUCAUCGUGGAACUCUACAAUGUAUCAACUCCUCCAGUUUUUGAGAAACACAAAUUCCUCCUUCAUGUUAAAUGCGUAUCCUUAUUAUGGAUACACUAAAGGAGACGGCAUUUUCCCUAUCGAAUACGCUCUUUUCCGACCCCUUCCUUCGGUGAAGCAAAUUGUUGAUCCAAACACACUGUACCAUUAUAACAGUAUGUUUGAUGCUAUGGUGGAUGCUGCCUAUUACUCUAUUGAAGCGUUAAAUUUCAAAGAUAUACCCGUUGUUGUCACAGAAACUGGCUGGCCAUCUUUUGGUGGAGCAAAUGAACCCGAUGCUACUGCAGAAAAUGCUGAGACCUACAGUAAUAAUAUGAUUCAGCGGGUCCUGAAUGAUUCCGGUCCACCUAGUCAGCCGGACAUACCGAUUAAUACAUACAUAUAUGAACUGUUUAAUGAAGAUAAGAGGAAUGGACCUAUAUCAGAAAAAAAUUGGGGCAUUGUGUUUAUUAAUGGAAGUGCUGUUUAUCCUUUGAGUUAUGGUGGUACUACUGAUCAGAUAACGGGAACUGGAAACUCAUCGGGAGUAUUUUGUGUCGCUAAAGAUGGUGCAGACAAUGAUAAGCUGCAAGAUGGCCUGAGCUGGGCUUGUGGGCAAGGCGGAGCAAACUGUGCUCUUAUUCAACAAGGGCAGCGAUGCUAUCUCCCCAAUAGUGUGAAAAGCCACGCCUCUUAUGCUUAUAAUGAUUAUUAUCAGAAAAAUCAAGGUGCUGGUGGAACAUGUGAUUUUGACGGUACUGCUGAAGUUACUACCCAUGAUCCAAGUUAUGGAUCCUGUAGAUUCACCGGAAGCUCUGUCGCUGGAGGAGUGAGUUUACCGCCUACAGCACUCGGACCUUCAAGUCCCUCCGGAGAAAGUAUGAACCUGCAAGUCUCUAGCCUCCAGUAUUUGGUAUCUGCAAUUGGUGUAUUUUUUGCUCUAAUGAUUUAA